AGCAUCCUGAUGCUCUGCAGGUUUCCUCCGAAAUUAGUUCUACUGGCAGCACAAUUCUCUGCUCUGCUCACAAAUAAAGCCCACUGAAUUCAUGUGGAUCUACUCCAGCUGUAAAAAUAAGUUGAAGAAACCAUGGACAACCAAUAUGAUUCCACGAACACCCUGACUUGCAAUGAAAUUUCAAGUGAGGAGAAAACCAGCUCCUUAGUGGCAGAAGGCCAUGGCCAGCAAAUCUUAGGUGUGCUGCAGAACUUCAGAGAGCAAAAUAUCUUCUUUGACUUUAAAAUACUUGUGAAAGAUGAAGUUAUCCCAUGUCACCGUUGUGUACUAGCAGCAUGCAGUGAUUUUUUCAGGGCAAUGUUUGAAGUUAACAUGAAAGAAAGAGAUGAUGGAAGUGUUACUAUUAGUAAUUUAUCACCCAAGGCAGUAAAGGCUUUCUUAGAUUAUGCCUACACUGGAAGAACCGAGAUAACAAAUGAUAAUGUAGAAAUGUUCUUUCAGCUAUCAUCAUUCCUUCAAGUUUCACUUCUUUCAAAAGCUUGCAGUGACUUUCUAAUUAAGAACAUAGAUCUUGUGAACUGUUUGCAACUGUUAUCCAUUUCUGAAAGUUACGGGUCCACCCAGUUGUUUGAUCGUACACUUGACUAUGCACGCCAACAUUUUUCCUUGUUGCUCCAGUCAAAUGAUUUUUUGGAAAUGAAUUUUGAGAUAUUGCAGAAGUGUCUAGAAGCUGAUGAGCUGAAUGUCCCUGAUGAGGAGUGUGUGCUGAAGGCUGUCUUUUGGUGGACAAAGCAUAACUUAGAAACAAGACAGAAGCACCUUCCUCACUUGAUGAAAAAAGUAAGGUUACACCAGUUACCUGAGAAGACACUUCAAGAUGUCUUACAUUCUGAAGAACAGUUACUUGAAAGCACCGGCAGCUUAAUAAUAAUCAAGGAGGCAAUUAAAAAUGUGCAAAAUUUUAAUGGGUUGUUUGCAGAUGCUCGUCCUUCUACAACAGAGAAGUACAUAUUGGUUCACAAAACUGAAGAAAAUGGAAUACACAGGCAUACAUUUUGCUAUAAUAUUAAAACUGAUAAGUGGAAAGAACUGGCACAUAAACACAUAACUGAUCUGCCAGGAUCAAGUUUAUCUUGCUAUGGUGAAAAAUUAUUUAUAACUGGUGGUUGUGAAGGGAAUUGUUUUCGGACUACUAGAUUGCAUAUUGCUACAACAUUUCAUGAUGCUACUGACAAAAUGUGGUGUUACUGUCCAGCCAAUGACAGCUUCUCAUUAGUAUCAGCGAUGAAGAAGCCAAGGACAAUGCACGCAUCUGUUGUGACCCUAAAUCAAUUGUUUGUAAUAGGUGGAAAGUCAAAAGCAUCUCAGGAGAUGAAAAGUCUUUUGGACGUAGAGGCAUACAGUCCUCUCUCUAGAGAAUGGAAAUCCAUGAGUCCAUUACCAAGAGGCAUUUACUAUCCAGAAGCUAGUGCAUGUCAGAACAUAAUUUAUGUCCUCGGUUCCGAAGUAGAAAUUACUGAUGCCUUUAAUCCAUCUCUUGAUUGUUUCUUUAAAUACAAUGCUGCAACUGACCAAUGGUCUGAGCUGGUAGCAGAAUUUGGGCAAUUCUUUCAUGCAACAUUAAUCAAAGCUGUUCCAAUGAACUGUACAUUAUACAUAUGUGACCUUUCCACCUACAAGGUUUAUAGUUUUUGCCCAGAGACAUGUGUUUGGAAAGGGGAAGGUUCUUUUGAAUGUGCUGGUUUUAAUGCAGGAGCAGUAGGAAUAGAAGAUAAAAUUUAUAUUCUUGGUGGGGAUUAUGCUCCUGAUGAAAUCACUGAUGAAGUACAAGUCUACCAUAGCAGUAGGUCUGAAUGGGAAGAGGUUUCACCCAUGCCAAGAGCCCUGACUGAAUUCCAUUGUCAGGUGAUUCAAUUUAAUAAAUACAGGGACCCAUGGUUGCAAUAGCAAUAUGAUAAAAAAAAAAAAUCAAUUGUAAGCAACUGCACAAGUUUUUACUUUUAAAAAAACUUA